AUGAAAACACAGGAAAAGCACGCGUGUCAAUACCCAGAUUGCAACAAGAGCUUCACGCGCGCAGAGCACCUUCGCCGCCAUGCGCUCAACCACGAGCAGCCGCGCAAUGGGUAUACCUGCGAGCGUUGCUCUGUUCACUUUCAACGCUCGGAUCUGCUAGGUAAGAUAAAAGGAUCGGGUUAG